CGUACGCACGUACCGCACGCAGUGACUCUGAACACCACAUAGCGGCGACGCACAGACCGCCAAAAGACCUCCUCUGUGUGUCGCGCGCGUGUGCGGAGCUCUGCGUCAGUACGCGCUGAUUGGUUAAGCGUCAAAGCACAUCCGUUAGCGUUUACGGAAAUGUUGAACCGAGAACCCAAGAAACUCUCAAGCUAAAACGCACUAAAACAGCUUAUAAACCGAAUGGGGCAGUUCGAAGAUCAGUUAGCAGAAGAAGUGCGACGUUAUAAGCACUUAUACGACCCUUCUUCGAAACAUUACAAACAAGGUGACGUGAUGUUGAAGUCCUGGAAGGAAAUAGGCCAAAGACUGGGAGAAGAUCCGGAGGUGUGCAUGAAGAAAUGGAAAGCCAUUCGAGACAAAUUUGUGCGUCUGAAGAAAAGAUUAAAGAACAGAAAUUGCGAUUCUGGACCGGACGAAGAGAAAGAACCGGAAUAUUGUAUGAGGUUGUCGUGGCUUAAUGGAUUUAUUAAACACCGAGACACGAAGAACGACUUCGUCCCUAAAAGUGAAGCUGGAGAAUGGAGGCGGUCUGCAGUCCAGCACGCGACCUGCAGCGACGAAGACGACGACUCGGCGUGCACGGAUGUGACGUCAGUGAGCCAGCCUGUCAAGAAGAGGAAGCGACUCUCCAAAGGGGAGGAUAUCGUAGACAAAAUAACGACUCUGCGCCAGGAAAUGGUGAACUGUACGGCUCUGGUGUCCCAGCUGAGCGCCAUCACAGAAUCCCGUCGAUGCAGUGACGAGUUUUUUACAUUUGCUCAAGCUGUAGCUGACUCUCUCCGGAAACUUCCGCCUGAGCGCGUGGAGGCGACCAAAGUCAAACUGUUUACUGUGCUUGGAGAAGCACAUAAUGCAGCAGGGCUUUAAAUAAACACACACACACACACACACACACACACACACACACACACACACACACACACACACACACACACACACACACACACACACACACAGAGACAGAGACAGACACACUCUCUGUCUAUCUCUUACUCACUCACUCACACGCACGCACACGCACAAGUAUCCAACAAUCACAUUUCCUCUGUUUUUCUUAAACAGUUCUACUAGAUAUUUUUAUAUGAAACUAAAUUAAACCUUUGGUGUUCUAAAAGUUUCAUUUAUUUUUGUGUGUGUGCUCUUACAGCACGAACAUGUAUCCAUAGUUUUAUUCAGAUAUAUUUGUGGCAGCCUGGGGAAAACCCUUCAUAUAUAUGGUGAAAACAUUUUCUACUCAACCUCUGAAAACUAUAAACUUUUUUCAACUAAAUUAUCCUUUACUUUUGCGAUUACAAGUACAAAUAUUCCCACAUUUUCAAGUGGAGAGAGUAACUGUGGUGCAGGAGCUUCAUAAUCAUUUUGACACCUAAUAUAUGAUUGCAAACUGAAUUCACUAGGUUAACGUCUGUACUGUGUGAGCAAAUCAAAUCUUUAGACAGACCGACUGUACAAAGUGCCUUUUUACCCUGUGUGGAUCUUUGCAGAAAGCACAGGCAGAAUAUGCAAAAUAAAAAAUAUAUUUCUGUUUUCUUAGAGUUGAGUCAUAUUGGUUAAAACCAGAUUCUUUGAAGAUUUUCAUAAAAUUGAGGGGUUUGCUCAGACUGCCAGAUAUACUGUAUAUUUUUGAACAGCUUAGUAAUUGUUAUACUUUAAUCCACUAACAGAAUGUUGAAUCAGUUGCUCAUUCUGUAAAACGAUUAAAAUAGGACAAUUAACUUGUGUAUGGGUGACUGCAUAAGUGGGGAGUGCUAUGUCUUUUAUGGGUGCCAUUCAGCCUCAGUUAUGUGUCUUUGAGUAAAGUUGUGUGUAAAUGUUUCCAUAAACCACACUAAAAUUGUAUGCAGAAUUUACAAACGUUUGCUGAUUUUUUUUUAUAUGUAUUCAUGUGUGUAUGUUGCUAAAUGUCCAAAGAUUCAUAAAUUAUUGGGUAAACUGUGUAAAAAGACUGAGUUCACAGAGCGGAAAUGAAAAUAGGCUGAGGUGAAAGUAUUUUGCUAAUCUUGAGAGAAAUUAUACUUAGGUACACUUAGUGUCCAUUAAGUAAGAAAUGUUCUGACAAAAGCUGAGUAAAAGUAUUAAUGCUAAUUUAUAGGGUUUCUCUUCUACUGUGGCAAACCAUGACAGCUUUUUGGUCACAAAACUGACCUCAUCCUCUGGAAAUAAAACCCCACAGUCUCUAAA